AUGACUAAAAUAGACAUGAUUUGUGGUGGGUGGGAUGGCGGUUGUGGAGGUGGUGGUGGUGGUGGUGGUAGUGGCAACAUGGUGGUUGUGGUGUUGGUUGUGGAGGAGGUGAUGGAUGUGGAGGUUUUGGUGGAGGAGGAGGAGGUGGUGGUGGAGGUGGAGGUGGAGAUGGAGGUGGAGGAGGUGAUGGUGGAGGUGGUUGAGGCGGUGGCGGUUGUGGUGGUGGAGGCGGUUGUGGUGGUGGAGGCGGUGGCGGUUGUGGUGUUGGAGGCGGUGGAGGUGGCGGUUGUGGUAGUGGUGGCGGAGGAUGAGGAGGUAGUGAAUGUGGUGGGGCAAGUGGUGGAGUUGGAUGUGAAAGUGGAGUUUUGA